GCGCACCGGGACCUGUCAGACGCGCAGGGCUUGAAGUUCGACGCGGACACCGCCGAGCUGCACAAGCUGGUGGCCACGCGGCUGGGAAUACCCCUCUCGAGCAUCUCGAGGGGGGCGUUCGAGAGCCAGAAGGCCGCGGCCGCAGCCGCGGCCUCCGCCUCGACGCCGUCGAAGAGACCCGCCGAGCCCGCGCCCGCACAGAAGGCCGCGCGCGCACCGGCGGCGGAGCCAGAGAUUCCGCCUCCUGCCCCCGCCCCAGCGCUGCCUGGGCCGAAGCUCGAGGAUGCUGGAGAGAGUGUGUGCCCGCGAUGA